GCUGCAGCGGACAAACGCGAUUGGUACCGACGACGACGCUGCUGAUUCCGCAACGUACAGGCAGACUUACUGCAACAGAGGCACAUGUUUGAGCCAUCUAUUUGGACAGAAUUAUUCUGGAAUUCGCUGUUUUGAAAGAAGAGGAAGACAUAACAUCGAAUUGAGACUAUGCUAUGUUGAUAUGAGUGUUUCGUACACGGUCUCACAGGAAACCUACACCCGGCUAAUUCAAGCGGACCCUAAAGAAGCCCAACAGUUAGCUAGCUGUUAGCCUGUUAGCUAUCCGAUAGCUCGGGAGCCGCUAUUUUUCGUGCACUCUCGCUACAGGCACCUGCCCCGUGUUAUAGCUAAUUAAUCGGUUACAGCCAACACUGUGGAAUCCCGCUCUGAUAUUUUAAUUAUUCAGUUUAAUUCACCGCGGUGACACCAAAGAAAGGAGAGAACCGUUGAGAGGUUGAGGUCGGGACCAGCAGGGCGACACAACCGGUGUCCUCAAGUGGCCAUUCACCAUCAUGGACAACGGACACACGAAGACGGUGGAAGAAGUUUACAGCUUUUUUAACGUGAAUGAAAGCACGGGUCUGAGUUUAGACCAAGUGAAGAAACAGCGGGAACGAUAUGGACCAAACGAAUUGCCAGCUGAGGAGGGUAAAUCCCUUUGGGAACUAGUGAUUGAACAGUUUGAAGAUCUGCUUGUCAGGAUCCUUCUACUUGCUGCCUGCAUAUCCUUUGUGCUGGCCUGGUUUGAAGAGGGAGAAGAAACCGUGACAGCCUUUGUGGAGCCUUUUGUCAUCCUGCUUAUUCUCAUAGCAAAUGCCAUUGUAGGAGUCUGGCAGGAGCGAAAUGCAGAAAAUGCCAUUGAAGCGCUCAAGGAAUAUGAGCCAGAGAUGGGGAAGGUGUACCGCCAGGACAGGAAGAGUGUCCAGAGAAUCAAGGCCAGGGACAUUAUGCCCGGAGACAUCGUGGAGGUGGCAGUCGGUGAUAAAGUGCCUGCAGACAUCAGGCUGUCUUCUAUCAAGUCAACCACGCUGAGGGUAGACCAAUCAAUCCUCACAGGAGAGUCUGUGUCUGUGAUCAAACACACGGACCCUGUGCCCGACCCGCGUGCUGUCAACCAGGACAAGAAGAACAUGCUGUUUUCUGGCACCAACAUUGCAGCUGGUAAGGCUGUUGGUGUGGUAGUGGCCACAGGUGGCAGUACAGAGAUUGGCAAAAUCCGAGAUGAGAUGGCAUCAACGGAGCAGGAGCGCACGCCGCUGCAGCAAAAGCUGGAUGAGUUCGGACAGCAACUAUCCAAGGUCAUCACACUGAUCUGCAUUGCCGUGUGGCUCAUCAAUAUUGGACAUUUCAAUGAUCCGGUCCAUGGAGGCUCCUGGAUCCGGGGCGCUGUCUACUACUUCAAGAUUGCUGUGGCUCUGGCGGUUGCUGCUAUCCCUGAGGGUCUGCCAGCUGUCAUCACCACUUGCCUGGCUUUAGGAACACGGCGCAUGGCCAAGAAGAACGCCAUUGUCCGCAGUUUGCCGUCUGUGGAGACCCUUGGCUGCACGUCUGUCAUCUGCUCCGACAAGACCGGCACGCUGACCACCAAUCAGAUGUCUGUGUGUAGGAUGUUCAUCAUUGAUCAGGCAGAGGGCAAUCAUUGUUCAUUAAAGGACUUCACCGUUACUGGCUCCACAUACGCCCCAGAUGGAGAAGUGUUCCUUGAUGCCAAACCAGUGAAGUGUUCCCAGUACGAUGCUCUGGUGGAGCUGGCCUCUAUCUGUGCUCUCUGUAAUGAUUCCUCAUUGGACUUUAACGAGACCAAAGGUGUGUAUGAGAAGGUGGGUGAGGCCACAGAGACGGCUCUCACGUGCCUGGUGGAGAAGAUGAACGUGUUUGAUACAGAUGUCAAAGGCCUGUCCAAGAUUGAGCGAGCCAACGCCUGUAAUUCUGUGAUCAAGCAGCUGAUGAAGAAAGAGUUUACUUUGGAAUUUUCAAGAGACAGGAAGUCCAUGUCUGUGUACUGCACUGCUAAUAAGGCCCGGUCCUCAGUUGGCAAGAUGUUCGUUAAGGGGGCCCCUGAGGGAGUGAUUGACAGGUGCACACACAUCCGUGUCGGCAGUAACAAGGUGCCAAUGACUCCCAGCAUCAAGGAGAAACUCAUGUCUGUGAUCAGGGAAUACGGGACCGGCAGGGACAUGCUGCGCUGUCUCGCUCUCGCCACCCGAGACCAACGCAUGAACAAGGACGAGCUGAAGUUGGAGGACUCCACCCGCUUUGUUGAAUAUGAGACUGACUUGACAUUCGUUGGCUGUGUGGGCAUGCUGGACCCUCCCAGGGCAGAGGUGGCCGCCUCUAUUAGACUGUGCCGCCUCGCAGGCAUCCGAGUCAUCAUGAUCACUGGAGACAACAAGGGGACGGCAGUGGCCAUCUGCAGACGUAUUGGUAUUUUCGCAGAGGGCGACGAUGUUUCCAGCAUGGCGUACACCGGCCGAGAGUUCGACGAUCUGUCUCCCGCUGCACAAAGAGACGCCGUGGUCAAGGCCCGCUGCUAUGCCCGCGUAGAGCCGUCACAUAAAUCCAAGAUUAUUGAGUAUCUGCAGUCCCACGAUGAGAUUACAGCAAUGACUGGUGAUGGAGUUAACGACGCUCCUGCUCUAAAGAAGGCUGAAAUCGGCAUCGCCAUGGGCUCAGGCACAGCCGUGGCCAAGUCGGCCUCCGAGAUGGUGCUGGCUGAUGACAACUUCUCCACCAUAGUAGCCGCAGUGGAGGAAGGCAGAGCCAUUUAUAACAACAUGAAACAGUUCAUCAGAUACCUCAUCUCUUCCAAUGUGGGCGAAGUUGUCUGCAUCUUCCUGACCGCAGCUCUAGGCUUCCCAGAAGCCCUCAUCCCCGUCCAGCUGCUCUGGGUGAACCUGGUGACCGACGGUUUGCCUGCCACCGCUUUAGGCUUCAACCCGCCAGACCUGGACAUCAUGACCAAGCCACCACGCAAUGCCCGCGAGCCCCUCAUCUCCGGAUGGCUCUUCUUCAGAUACCUAGCCAUUGGAUGUUAUGUUGGUGCUGCCACGGUUGGUGCUGCUGCUUGGUGGUUUGUUGCUGCUGAGGAUGGUCCAAGGGUCACAUUUUACCAGCUGAGCCACUUCCUCCAGUGCGGCCCGGAGAAUCCAGACUUCACGGAUCUGGACUGUAAGGUGUUCGAGUCCCCUUACCCGAUGACCAUGGCCCUGUCUGUGCUGGUCACCAUUGAGAUGUGCAAUGCCUUAAACAGUGUGUCAGAGAACCAGUCCCUGCUGAGGAUGCCUCCCUGGGAGAACGUGUGGCUGCUGGGAGCCAUCUGCCUCUCCAUGUCCCUUCACUUCCUCAUCCUCUAUGUGGAGCCUCUCCCAAUCAUCUUCCAGAUCACCCCGCUGAAUCUGACACAGUGGCUGAUGGUGCUCAAGAUGUCACUGCCGGUCAUUCUACUUGACGAGAUUCUAAAGUUUGCCUCCAGGAACUACCAGCAUCCCGGUAACGAACUGGAGAAGCCCGACAGCUGCAAAGGCUGCUGCCUGUCUGCAUGUGUGGAGGGCAUCUCCUGGCCCUUCGUGGCCUUUUCCCUCCCCUUGGUCCUCUGGAUCUACAGCACCGACACUAACAUGGCCGACAUGUUCUGGUCCUGACUGACUUGAGCACAACCUUCGAC